AUGUCAAACGUCACAGGUAUCGAGAUGCCUUACCUAGCCAAGUACGUAUUGAGAGGUUCACGCCUGGUUGCGUUUUAUAAGAGGGGGUAUGGCACAGCCUCCCCCUUCGUUUUCUCUGAAGAGGUUCGCCGGGCCAAGUCAGAGGGUAAGCCGAUUGUCGCCCUGGAGUCAACGAUCAUUACUCAUGGUAUGCCUUACCCUCAGAAUUUAGAAACAGCCAAGCAAGUUGAGAAUAUCAUUAGAGAAAGGGGUGCAGUACCAGCUACGGUGGCUAUUUUAAAAGGUCAACUGAGUAUUGGACUUUCUGAGGAUGAGCUGACGUACCUAGCUCAGGCCAAGGGAGUGGUGAAGGCUUCCCGCAGGGACCUGGCGCCAAUUACCGCUGCCAAGCUGGACGGGGCGACCACAGUCGCUGGCACCAUCAUCGCAGCUCAGCUUGCUGAUAUACCUGUAUUCGUUACCGGUGGCAUAGGUGGUGUGCACCGUCACGGCGAGAACACAUUGGACAUAUCGGCGGAUUUGAACGAACUGGGACGCAGCAAUACCCUCGUCGUUUGCAGUGGAGUUAAAUCCAUAUUAGACAUUGGACGAACUCUGGAAUACUUGGAAACACAAGGGGUUUGCGUUUGCGCGUUCGGUGAGUCGUCAGACUUUCCGGCGUUCUAUACCGCGCGGUCAGGAUUCACAGCUCCGCACCGCGUGGGCGACGCACAGCAAGCUGCACGCGUGUUGCACGCAGCACGCCAAUUGGAACUCGCGUCCGGGAUCGUUGUAGCCGUACCGGUGCCACAGGAGUAUGCUAUGGAUGAGAAAAUAAUAGGAGAAGCAAUUAAUAGUGCUCUCAAGGAAGCUGAUCGGAAAGGCAUUUUUGGCAAAGAAGUGACACCAUUCAUUCUCGCGGCGGUUGCCAAAGCUACGAGCGGCGCUUCACUCAAUGCCAAUAUCGCUUUAAUAAAGAACAACGCAAAAGUCGGUGCCGAUAUCGCAGUCGAAUUUAAAAAACUCAAGAACGGUGACGAUUCUAAGAAUGCGUUUAAUAUUGGAUUGUCGAAGGGCGCUGGGAAAUGUACGUCCAAUUCUUCGAGACAUUUUCACACUUCGUGCAGCAGACGGGCUGAUGAGAAUCCUUUGUUCUCUGGAGACAAGAAGUGCGGGGGUGAUGUGUUGGUGAUCGGGGGAGCGAACGUCGACCGCGUUUAUAGGUUGAAGGAAGAUGGCGUGCAGGUACGUGUAACGUGGUCGAACCGUCGAACGCAGGUCGUGCCGCUCAGACUCGCUCCACCGUGCACGGCAGCUAUCGGAUCGUGA